CUCAUAUAUCAGCAGAGUCGAGUCCUUUUCAUUAUAGCUCCCCAUGGUCAAAGUCGGCAAUGAAAGUUGCAUAACCCACACCAAAGACUUUGAAUGAAGCAAUCCUCAACGCUCUGUUCAAUGGUCACAGUUGGGCGCACUCACUCAUCAUUUCCCACCAGGGAGUUCUGCAUGAGUAACUACUUAAUGUAAAGGCAGUGAGGACUAGAAUUCCUAAACUAAUAAACCCUGCAGGCAUGCACAGAAAAAUUGUGUGGGUAUUUAUAAAUUCUCUUGUGUUCCUGAUCUGGAGAAUUUAGAUACAGUACUGUCUUUUAUGCUUUUCGUUGUAAGGGCUUAACUUUUACGGUAUCAACACCGCCAGUAUUUUUGUUCUCUACCAUGAGUUGAUUUGCUACCCAGUGGGCAAUGAUUGUCACAUACGCUCAGUGAGUUUACCAACUGCAGUACGGUGCUUCGAUUUCCUACACCAGGGAUUUUUUCAACACCACAGGAGUGAAAGAGAACGGAAUUGAAUUCUGUUGUUUUUACCACAUGCUGUUUUGUGUAGAGGAAGGGGGUGGAUUUUAUAUCAUGGAGGUUUGAUUGACGCGGUUAGAACAGCGACAAGAUGCAAGAACUACCAGCAGAAAAUGAAGUGUUGCACCAGGUCAUCCUGGCCAUGGUGUCUGCAGCCUUCCUAAUGGUGGCUGCAAUGACGGUCUUCUUAUGUGGCUUCUGCAACCUCUUCAAGAAGUCUAGUGACUUGGAACAGAAGCAACCCAUCCUUGGAAUGGAUGAGAAUGGACAGGGCUUUAAGAAACAGGGUACAAUGAGCGGUAGUUACAACUCCAAUGCAAGGAAAUCGUCACCUGUUAUAAAUACCGGUCACAUGCACCAAGACACACCCCAGAGGAGGGAGCCACAAAGAGCGAAGUCUCUUAGGUCAUUCACCAAAAGAUAUUUAAUCUCACCCGACGGGAGUCCAUCACUGGUGCCGGGUCAAACCAACAUUCAACGUGUCCAGCCCCCAAUGCGGCGGUCACAGUCGACGCCUCUGACGAUGCCAGCGUCACUUUCAACAGUAUUUGAGCAACCAGAUCGUCAGAUGGUUGUUGGUCAAGUGCAACCAGACGCUAAGAAGCUUGGUAAACAAACCUCAGUAACAUCUGCAAAUUCUGCAUUCUCUUUUGCAUCAGGAGCUUUCGGUCUCAGCGAUCGAUUUUCUCGAAGACUAAGCAAAUCCCCAGAGCUGGGUACAGAAUUAGUUGACAGAAGGCAAUCCUUGCCACCUGAACCGAGUGCAGAGAUGGAAGAAGAGGAGUAUGUCGGCAAACUCCAGUUCAGCAUCAAGUACGAGUUCACAGAUGAAACGCUUAUUGUCAAAAUAUUUAAGGCAAUUGAGCUACUCGCCAAAGAUUUUAGUGGUACAAGUGAUCCGUUUGUUAAGGUUCUGCUGCUACCCAACAAGAAACAUAAAAUGGAAACCAAAGUGAAACGUAAGAAGCUGAACCCCGUCUGGAAUGAGACAUUUCUCUUUGAAGGAUUUCCAUAUAAUAAGCUUCAAGAAAGAAUUCUACACUUGGAGGUUCUUGACUACGAUCGCUUCAGUAGAAAUGAUCCCAUCGGUGAACUCAACAUUCCGCUGUCUGAGAUUGAUCUAACACAAGAGCAACAGUUCUUCAAGGCACUGUCACCAAGCACCAAAUCAGCAGGGAAGCUAGGUAAGAUUUUAGUGUCGUUGUGUUUUGCUCCAACUGCUGGUAGAAUCACCAUAGUUGUCAUGAAGUGUGACACCCUAGCUGCUAAGGAUAUCACAGGAAAAUCUGAUCCUUAUGUCAAGAUCUGGCACGUCUUCCAAGAAAAGAAAAUUGAGAAGAGGAAGACGAUAGUAAAAUACAACACCCUGAACCCGGUCUACAAUGUGUCCUUCCUCUUCCACGUCAGUCUCGCUAAGAUUCGUGAUACCAGCUUCAUCAUCUCGGUCAUCGACCACGACCGACUCUCCAAAAACGACACCAUCGGCGGGAUUAUACUCGGACCCAAGGCGAGUCCCUCGGAGGCUAAUCAUUGGAAUGAAAUGAUGAACAAACCAAGAGUUCCAGUUGCCCAGUGGCACGUUCUGAAAGACAUGGGGUGAGCUCCGUUCGACGGUUCACAGGUUGUAAAAAGUCACUAUGAAAUAACCCACAGGGUACUGCACUAAUGCCAUUUACAGAAUUAUAUGUACAUAUUAUGUCGGUUGUUGGGAAUGACUGGUAAGAUAGACCCCACGAGUGGUUGUUUAGGACGUACAAAGGGUAUGCGUACAGAAACACUGUGCUGAUUAGAACCACAAGAGCUUAAUUCCGUUGUUCUUAAUCCCUAGGCCAUGACGUUCCUCAACAUGAGCUAUGACUCGAUAUAAGCGCAGAGUCUGUUACUCUCACAGAUUAGUAAACUUGACAGCAUACACUAAACACGAGCCUGCCUUAAACGCACUUCACUGGUGUUGCACUCGGUACAUACAUGUAGCACUGUAAAAAGCUCAACACUAGUUAUUGUGAGUACACAACGGUCUUGAAAUCAGUUGGCCAGGUUGGUUUAUGUGUCGUUGCACCCCUCAUACAUGCAUCUUGAUAUUGAAACAAAAGAGUCUACCUAGAAAUUAAGAUUUCUAGUGCUUUUAAUUUUUCUAGUGGCCACAAAAAAAGGAAACCGUUUGGGCCCAAUUUUAUUGCUGUGCGUACUGUUAGCAAAGAAUCAGCGCUUAUAGAAGCAGGGAAUUCCACACUUACAUCAAGCGUAUUACACAGGUCAGCAGGGAAUUUUGCUUGUGCGUGUGGGUACUCAAAGCUACUAUGCCUACUUUGCUUACACAGCUAGCUAGCUCUGCAAUCUAUCCACAUAAACAGAUCUUGUUGUAUGAACACAUUUUGGAUGUAAAGUAGUUGUAAAAAAAACCUAAAAAAAACAAAAGUAUAAUUAUUGUAUUUUAUUUAAUUAUCUUUGUAGAUUUAUAUUUUGGUUGAGUUAUAUUUAUUGUAUUUGAAUACAUUGAGCUUCCAUUCUGAGUUUGAUUUCCAGAUUCAGUUGUAAAAUUUAUUUCUCUGAUUUGUUUUAUUCUAAUUUUGUUCAGUGCACAAAGGUCUGUGUAGCAAGUUGUGUAGUAAUUAUAGCCAGUGGCUAGAGGCAAAAGUCGUGGGUUCGAAUCCCACCCGAGUAAUAUGCCUGUAAUUUUUUUCACAGAACUCGGGUAAGUACCGAGUAUACAGUGCUAACAGACAUCGGUGUAUAAUGGGCAAAAAACAAACGGAACAUAAUAGUAUUUGAAUUGUAAUUAAUAAACAUUAUUUGUAUUAUUCUAGUUGGCAUACAAAAUAAAAUAACAAUGUAUAGCUAUGCUUAAAGGGGCUAUGUCAUCACGAUCACAGCAAGUCUACAAUGACAGCCACUUUAAAGAUUCUGAUGUGACGGUCAGCACGCACUAACUGGUUGAGAGUUAAAUGUUUCCAUGUGCAGGCACAAGCAGACAGUGAUCACGACGACACAGCCCCUGUAAAGGGUGAUGAUGUCAUGAUCAGUAAUUAUGAACUCUGACCCAGUAAAACUCAUCUGGGGACUUUCUCAAACCUAGGCUUGGGCGCUGCUCCGGCUCCAUGAGCUGUCUGAUGUUCAAACCAUGUAAGUGUGCAUAAUACACGUCGCUCUUAAAAUAUACAUUUCCACUGUGUAGCACAGCGUGCAGAGCCGAAGACGAAGCCCAGGUUUGAGAAAUAUUGCGGGUAUGAGUGACCAGCAAGAUCUAAUUGUUAAAGUUAUGACAGGCAUUGGUUUGAUUUACUUGCUGUUUAUUUCAACACAACAAGGGUUUAUUUGUAAGUGCCAUGAUUCCUUAAAUCUUUACAAGAGACAGCACAAUGUACUCAACUGUUUUGGGAGAAUCUUGGGUUCUCAUGAACUCUGCUUUGAAGUAAACCAUAUUGAAUAUGACGUCAUCGUUCAAAUAUCUGCCCUACAAGAUGGCGUAUGCGAGCGUUUGCGUGUGCGUGCUUGUGCCGUAGAAAUCAAACCAGGAGUGCUGCGUGUUUCUUUGAUGUACGCAUACGGUUUGACCUACAAGAUGGCGCCUUUCAUAGCAUCAAAGGGGUUAUUCAAUACGGUCUAUAGGCAAGAUGUAACUAUUCACCUGAUAUCAUCACCACAAUAAUAUUUUGAUUUUGGAAAUCAGUUUCCCUGUGUAGUACAAAUAAGUAGUGUGCAUUUUAGGUGGAGUGCGCGCGUUUACAAGUGCACUGUAUUUUAGGUGGAGUGCGCGCGUUUACAAGUGCACUGUAUCUUUUUCACAUGCAGUUUGAUUUCUGAAAUGACAGACUGAGUAGAUCGUGGCCGUUUGUGAAGACAACGAUAAGGAUUAACUAAGUUUGAUUGGCAGUACUCUUUCCUCUUCACCCUGCGUUAUGUGUCUAAAUACAGUAUCUACAUGUGCUCUUAAAACCUUUACUGUAUCAAAGUGUAUUUAAUCUACAUAUUUUUGUAUAUUUGAUAUAGACACUAGUAUUUUGGGGAAGAAGAGUUCCUCUGGAUGAAAGUGGACUAACCAGGUAAACUCAUUGGUCUCGGUGAGUUUUCUAUUUGGCAAAUGAAUUUGCUUUUCAAAGCCUAAGUGUAUUUCACAGGUUAGCUAAGUAGGCAGCCAGGAUUUGCAUUGACUGUGGAUAUUUUUCCCAGAACUCAGGAAAACAUUGAGAAUACAGUGCUUUUUACCCGUGGGUGUAAGGAUAGAAACAAAUACGCCAAAUAAUUGCCUACAGUAAGCACCUGGGCCCAAUUUCAUAGAGCUGCUUAAGCAGAAAAUAUUGCUUAACAGUUUUCUGCUUAGCAGAAACAAG